AAUCAGAAAGCACAACCUUCAAUAGCUGUCUAACAGUCCAGUAGACUUUGGUAAAGAGAACGUAUCUGUGACCACACAGCAAAUGUUGGAGUAAAGUUUCUGUAAAUGUGAAAAAAAUAAGAUUUAUAUUUCAAUGGAUUCAGAUCAUCAAAUAUAUUUUUCAAUUUAAUAAUUAUUCCCCUCCCUGCAGGCCUGCCCAAAGCCUGCCUAAAAAGCUCAGUAAAUGGGCCCACAGUUUUGCCCCUUUCAAUGCAUUCUUGACACUCUUUUUCCCCAUUUGACCCUUUAAAGACAGUUUUUCUUUAAAUCGUGUUUUACCACCUUGUGGCCAGUUUUCACCCGUUUUUCCCUCCCUUGACAUCUUUUUACACUUUUAAGCACAUUUUCACCACUUUUGGGCCAAUUCUAAUCCAUUUUCCCUUUUUGUAACCCAAUUAUCAACUUUUAUCCCCUUUUAACCACUUCUUCUGUUGAUAUCUGCCAUUAAUUUGGCUUUUUUUUGCCACUUUUAACCCCCUUUCUUACCCAUUUUCACCACUUUUCCUGCUCUUUUCCCUCUUUUAAGUACGUUUUCCCUUCCAACUUAAGUCUCUUUUUGACCCACAUCACACCCCCUUCACCUGCUGAUUUUGGCCUCUUUUUGAGCCAUUUUCACAUUUUUUUUUCCCAUGUUUAUUUUAAGCCCUUAUAUUUAAUGUAAUAACAAUUAAUAAUAAUUAAUUAGCAACCGUCCCUGAUCUGUGUUACAACUGUGCCCAGGUUUGGGGUCAGUUGCAACAUCUGAAUUCCUCUAGUCAAAUAAAUGUUGUGAUUAAUAUGACAUAUAUAGCCAUCUUUAAAGAGUAUGGGUAAUAAGCAGACACAUGUAAGUUUAAUAUGUAAAGAUUUGGUGUGCCUAGUCCAAAUAGUGUCUGAGUAACUGAGAGUAAUGUUAAAAGUGUUGCAAUUGUCCCCAGUCUCCCCUAACUGUUAUUAACCUCAGUUUAUGGAAAGCAGCAUUCAGUUUUUAAAAAAGAUCUUAGAAUCAUGGUGCCAUCUACAUAAAUCUAGAACAGAUAAGAAAAAGUCAUUGACAUCUAUCAGUCUGGAAAAGUUAAACAGCCAUUUUAAAGGCUUUUCUAAGGUGAAAGCCAUUAUCCACAAGGGGGAAAACUUGGAAUAGCAGAAAACCUUCCUAAGAUUGGCCAUGAGGAACCAAGAACAACAUCUAAAGACCUGCCAGCCUCACUUGGCUCAAUGAAGGUCAGAGUUCAUGAUUCAACUAUAAAAAAGAGGCGGCAUAAAUCGCCCAGGGUGGCACAGCCAGUUGUCAGGUUUAGGAGGCAAUGACUUUUAUACAUAAGAUCAGGUUGUUGUGGAUUUGUUUCCUUUUGAUAAAUAAAAUCAUCUCCAUACUUGUACCUUUAAAGAUGACGCCCAUGACCCAACAUGAACCACUGUGUGACAUAACUUCACAUUUUCUCAAUAUGAAAGCACAUGAGGGCCAAACAGGUUGUUGAUGGGAUCAUUUGAGGACAUGAUUGUUUAUCGACUGUUAUGUCAUUGCUGGGCACUGAUUCCUGGUUUGCUCAGAUGGGGUGUUUCCCUUGUGAGGUCUUUGGUUCAUAUCUGUGUAGACAAGGUUAUUAGCAGAGGCUAUUAUAUGAUUAUAAGCUGUAGUAUCUUUAAGAAUCAUUUCAUUCAUAACAGGAUUUACAAGAUUUCUAGGAAGAAGAUUAAUGAAGCACACAUGAACAUUUCUCUGCUAUAUCAAAGGUUAACUGAGAGCCUGUAAACAGAUCUAGCAUGGAUUUCUUCUUACAAAAUCAUCCUUGAUUCAAAGAGGAUGUUAAAAGUUUACAGGUAACAAAUAAAUAUAAGCCAAAAGAAUAAAAUCAUCCCGAAGCAGAUAACUGAGACUCUUCAUUUCAUCAUGCUGUGGCUUGUUUUGCUCUUCUGUGGCGCCGCUUUAGCCCAAGAUGUCACCAACGCCACUGUGGUGGAGAGAUGUAGUCCUGACAUGUGUGAUCUCCUGAAACAGUUCGGUGCCAUGUCAGAGAAACUCAGCGCUGUGGAGACAAAGCUACAGGACAAUGUGACCAGGCUACAGGCCAGCGAGGCUAAGCUGAGGAAGGCUGAGAGCAGUAUAAGUAACCUGAGAGUAAAGCUCCGGGACAGUGACACCAGGCUGAGCAACAGUGAGAUCAGACUACAGGCCAGCGAGGCCCAGGUCCUGGAGCUCAAAAACAAAGGGAAAGUCAAGAUGAUCUUCAGCGCAGCAGCAGCAGCAGCAACAACAAGAGGAAACACACAUGUUGGACCUUUUCUGGUUGAAACAACUCUAAUCUACAGGACAGUGAUCACAAACAUCGGCAACGCCUACAAUUCAGCCACAGGUGUCUUCACUGCCCCUGUUGCGGGCGUUUAUUACUUCACCUUCUUUUAUACUGCUGAAGGGGCACGCAGAGUUCAUCUGAUGCUCUACAAGAACAAUUUGAUGGUGGUCACUGCCAACGAUCCUGUGUUGUCUGACAACGGUGAUAACGGAGGAAACGCGGUGUAUCUUCCGCUGGCAAGAGGAGACCGUGUUUAUGUGCGCAUGGGAGCAAAUUCAUAUGUUUAUGGGAACGGCUACCUGACGACCUUCAGUGGUUCUCUGAUCACUCAGCUGUAAGGAUCAAUACACCGAUCCAUCAUG